AUGCAUUUGGGCGAGAGAAGGGAUCCAAUUUCUAGAAUUUAUCAUUAGUUUCGGUCGUGGUUUGGUGUAAACCAAGUUCCUGGCGAGUUUAUUGUUGCUCUUUAGGAUUUAGGGUUUAUGUAUCAUGUCAAUCUUGUUAUACUGCCGACGGUUUUGUCCGAUUAAUUCCGGAGACUCUGUGUCCAUUUCGCAAUUUCUCACUCAUAAGCUAAUAAGGUGUCUGCUGAGUAGAACAUUGUGUUCAGUAUCAGAAAGGAAAACAGAUGUUGCCAAAGAGAAGAGACCAUGGUUAAAGUCUUUUACUGUAUCAUAUCUCGUGAACUCGUGUGGGUUGUCUUUGGAAUCUGCUAAGUCAAAGUCCAGAUUCGUAAAGUUGUCAUCUUCAGAAAGACCAGACUCUGUGCUCACUCUGCUCAAGAACAAUGGCUUCACCAAUGAACAGAUCAUCAGGGUUGUCAAAUCAUUCCCUACUAUUCUGAUUGUGAACCCAGAGACUGUACUCUUACCAAAGCUCAUGUUUUUCCGUUCAAUCGGGUUAUCGAGUUCUGAUACCGCGAAACUCAUCUCAAAUUGUCCCACAACGCUGUCCCUUAGCUUGGCUAACAGGCUGAUUCCUUGCUAUGAUUCCCUCAAGAGCAUACUCGGUGAGCAAGAAAAUGUCCUCAAAUGUUUGAGACGUGGAUAUUGGAUUUUCACAUUGGACACUGCAAAGUACUUGGCUACACGGCUAUCCCUCUGUCGAGAUCUUGGAGUCCGGGACCAAAGCAUCAAAACACUGGUCCAAAACGGUCCACUUGUGUUCUUCUGCUCCGAGAGAAAGUUCAACGAGGUCCUGAACAGAGUUCGCGACUUUGGUUUUGACCCGAAAAAGAUGUAUUUCAUUCAUGCUAUGUUAGUUUUCUUUCAUGUUAGUGAAUUCACUGUGGAACACAAGUUUGGGCUGUACCAACAAUUUGGUUGGUCCAAAGACGAUUGUGUGGCAGCAUUCAUGAGAUUCCCAAACUGUGUGAAGAUAUCAGAUGGGAAGAUUACGGGAACCAUGGAUUACCUCGUAAACAAUGUGGGUCUCCCUCCUGGUGCCAUUGCUAUGCAACCUUUUGUUUUGGGUUUGAGCUUGGAGAAGAGAAUCAAACCAAGGAACAUGGUGAUCUCUGAGCUUCUGGCUAAAGGCUUGGUGACGAAAGAAGAUUUGAACUAUUUCCAGAUUCUUAAGAUUAAAGAUUGUGUGUUUGCGGAUAAGUUUGUUCUUAAAUUUCAGCAGGUUUCUGCUCUCCAGUCAUGCCCUUGACAGAAAAGAUACUACAUCAAUUUUUGUUCUCUUAGUCUUUUUUUGUUGUUGUGAAUUAUGACAUUUACUACAUUGUCAUCUGUUUUUUGAUUGAUGCUGUGAAAAUCAUAAUGUUAAUCAUGUCAAAAAAAUUGCUUCUAAUGACACCAAAGCUUAUUAUCUUUAUGGAUUGUGUGCCUCUUCAAGACUCUUAUGAAAUUUUGAGAACUAUUUGUUGCAUACGGUUAACCAAAGGGCUUGUUCUUUGUACCUCUGCAUUUUUCAGAUUAUGGUCAAUUAGGCUUCGAGACUUGCAGGAUGUUUGCUUAGUGCCAAACUUUGAAUUCCACAAAACUGCAAAGAGAAUUCUUCUCCGUUUUCUUUGUAGACUCAUUUAGUUCGUUAAUUCUUUAAGUUUGACUCUGUGCUUUGACAUUUUUUUGCAUAACAUCUUUAUUUGAUUUACAAUAUCUUGUCAAAUGUUUUCCGGAAAAGUAAUAACUCUGAAAAUUUAGA